CUUUCUGGCUGUCUGCAACAUUAACGUGCUGACGUAACUUCCGGGCUGUAAAAGCAAAAUGGCGACCUCCACCUACCGUGGCCCGUGACAGCUCGACCUCUCAUAUCAACAAGCAUUGCGUGGUUAUCAUUUUACAUUUCAACCUCAAAAUAUGAAUCUGCACAAACUUUCCGUACGAUUGCGUCCAACAGUGACACAGAAAUUCAGGCACCUCCACAUCAGUAGCAGCAGACAGCAGCUUGAGGCGGUUGCCAUGGAGAUGGCGUCAGCAGAGCCAAAUCUGCUCUCAGUCUUCAGAACUUCAGAGCAAGAUCCAGUGUGCCACUCAGAACAACACACUGGGUAGCUCUACACCCUCCCCCUGGCUCACAUCCACACACUUUUUCCUCAUGGUCUGCCUCCGCGUUUCCAGAUGCAGAUAACUGAAAUAGAGAAGAAAGAGUGAGAACUCUACAUGCACGUGUUCCACAAGACACUCUUGCACUUCAUGCUUCUGAACAAACAGCGAAUCAGAUGUCUUGCAGGUCGCCCACCACAGUGGCGGACAGACGAGCAAAAUUACCUGCCUCCGUGCAUGAAUAGACAACCCGCAUUUGGCAGGUCGCGACUCGAGCAGGUAAAGACCUUUAACGAAAGCUGUGUGAUGGUGAGACAGCCUUCGCUUGAGCUCAUCUCUUACCUUAAGAGAGCUGAUUAUAGCAAACCUGCCUUGUGUUACAUACUUUAUGGACUGAAUGGCACUGGAAAGACCAUGUCUUUGUGUCACACCUUGCAUUACUGCUAUACUCAGGGCAGGCUGAACCUGCACAUACCUGAUGCUCAUCUGUGGGUAAAGAACUGUAAAGAGCUGCUACCCUCUUCUUCCCGACCCUCACGCUUCGACCAGCCAAUCCAGGCAUCUCAGUGGCUGAAGAAUUUCAAAGUCACCAAUGAAUGCUUUUUAACCAAGGGUUUAAUAUGACGUCGGCCCACCCUUUGCAGCUAUAACAGCUUCAACUCUUCUGGGAAGGCUUUCCACAAGGUUUAGGAGUGUGUUUAUGGGAAUUUUUGACCAUUCUUCCAGAAGCGCGUUUGUGAGGUCAGACACUGAUGUUGGACGAGAAGGCCUGGCUCGCAGUUUUCGCUCUAAUUCAUCCCAAAGGUGCUCUAUCGGGUUGAGGUCAGGACUCUGUGCAGGCCAGUCAAGUUUUUCCACACCAAACUCGCUCAUCCAUGUCUUUAUGGACCUUGCUUUGUGCACUGGUGCGCAGUCAUGUUGGAACAGGAAGGGGCCAUCCCCAAACUGUUCCCACAAAGUUGGGAGCAUGGAAUUGUCCAAAAUCUCUUGGUAUGCUGAAGCAUUCAGAGUUCCUUUCACUGGAACUAAGGGGCCAAGCCCAGCUCCUGAAAAACAACCCCACACCAUAAUCCCCCCUCCACCAAACUUCACAGUUGGCACAAUGCAGUCAGACAAGUACCGUUCUCCUGGCAACCACCAAACCCAGACUCGUCCAUCAGAUUGCCAGAUGGAGAAGCGUGAUUCGUCACUCCAGAGAACGUGUCUCCACUGCUCUAGAGUCCAGUGGCGGCAUGCUUUACACCACUGCAUCCGACGCUUUGCAUUGCACUUGGUGAUGUAUGGCUUGGAUGCAGCUACUCGGCCAUGGCAACCCAUUCCAUGAAGCUCUCUACGCACUGUUCUUGAGCUAAUCUGAAGGCCACAUGAACUUUGGAGGUCUGUAGUGAUUGACUCUGCAGAAAGUUAGCGACCUCUGCACACUAUGCACCUCAGCAUCCACUGACCCCGCUCUGUCAUUUUACGUGGCCUGAGUUGCUGUCAUUCCCAAUCGCUUCCACUUUGUUAUAAUACCACUGACAGUUGACAGUGGAAUAUUUAGUAGCGAGGAAAUUUCACGACUGGACUUGUU